UAUUUGCCUAGCUUCCUUGUGUGAUGCGUCGUGACGUCACUCAGCUCCAGCACAGCAACAAAGCAGGAUGCGGAGCUGCGCGCGGGAGCCGAAUCCCGUUAAAAUGCUUUUCUUUUGCUUUACGAGACCGACAUAACAUAACCAUGUAACAUUUGUCCGUAUGUAUAUGGCUAAAUGAAGUGGCGCAGGAUUCGUUGGAGGAAGCGGGGGGAGAGAGAGAAUGUACUGGGUCGCUGGUUUUGCCUCCUCCCGCUCGUUCGUGGUUGAUUUUGGCCGGAAUCAGAGCCCGUCCCUCGGGUUGUGUGGCUCUGAUGAGCGUCACUUAUUUUAUGGGUACAUAGUAGCCGACCCUGUGCAGGAUUUCGACGGGAUCAUGUCGGGAUUGGUAUCGGAUUCCUGGUGGAGGAAGACGCUUUAUAUCAGCGGAGGUGCCCUGCUGGCUGCGACUGCGUAUCUGCUGCACGAGCUGCUCUCCAUCAGGAAAGAACAACAGUUGGAUUCUAAAGACGCCAUCAUCCUUCACCAGUUCUCCAGGCCAAAAAACGGGGUGCCAAGCCUUUCACCUUUCUGCCUGAAAAUGGAGACCUAUCUGCGCAUGGUUGAUCUGCCCUAUCAAAAUUACUUUGAUGGAAGCCUCUCAUCCCAAGGCAAGAUGCCUUGGAUCGAGUAUAAUUACGAGCAGGUGUGCGGGACUGAAUUUAUAAUUGACUUUCUGGAGGAGAAACUUGGUGUGAGCCUAAACAAGAGUCUGAGCGCUCAGGAGCAGGCGGUAGCGCGGGCCAUCACCACCAUGGUGGAGGAACACUUGUACUGGACCAUUGCUUACUGUCAGUGGGUGGAUAAUGUUCAAGAGACUCAAAAGAUGCUGGACCUUCCCGGGCCCCUCAGUGACCUGCUGAAAUGGAUCCUGUGUCAGCUGACUGGUGGCAUUGUAAAGCGAGAGAUGUACUGUCACGGCAUUGGCUGCUUCACUAAGGAGGAAGUUUACACCCUCAUGGAGAAGGACAUGUGCACACUGGCCACACUGCUAGGGGAUAAGAAGUACAUCAUGGGUCCCAAGCUGUCCAGUGUGGAUGCCACGGUGUUCGGUCACCUUGCACAAGCCAUGUGGACGCUGCCUGGCACACGGCCCGAGCAGCUCAUUAAAGGAGAACUGAUCAACCUCGCCAUGUACUGUGAGCGCAUACGGAGGAAGUUCUGGCCCGAGUGGUUUGUGGACUUAGAGGACUUCUGUUACGACAGCGACAAUGACGCUAGCAGCGGGACACCUACCUGCAUGCUGGACCUUGGUCUCUUUUCCAGGACAGACACUUUAGAGGAAAGUGAUCUAAGCCUUCCGUCACACAGUCAUACACACUCACAAGACUCAGACCACUCCGCACGCUCGCUCUCAGACUCUGACAUUGAAGCAGAUGGCUCGGAUGUGGAGCAGCAGGUCAAGGGUAAAAUCUAAUAGAGGUUGCUUUUUAUCUGGUGUACGAGAGCUUUUCGGGAUGCAUUGUGGCUCCAGAACUCAUAUUGAUAUUUCCUGCCUGGAUAAAUCGCACUUUGAUGAACCUGAAUUAAAAACAAAAUGUGUGUACACAACAUGACAUCAGUCAAGGACAUGUACACCUCAAGAUUUACACCACAGAAGUUGGACGCAUGUUAAAGAUCAUUCAUUCUCAUCAUUGUAAAAACAUUAUGCCUCCAUCCUUCUCAGAACUGUUUGUUUGUCCACGGUUUCAUUAUGGUUUCUAAUUAGCUUUCAUUUCAAGGAAACAAAUAUUUCAUGGUUUUUCAGACCACUCACUAUGUCUCUUUUCUCUCUAACUUAAAUCAAAACAUUUGCUCCGGAACAGAAUCAUGUAGCAAAAUACUAGCUUGCAUGAUUCUAGGAAGUUGACAAUUUAACGUUUUGUGCCAACUGAAACUCCCUCCUGUUCAAACCUAAUAAUUCCUGCUCCCAGAUCAGCUAAAGUAAAUAAAAUAGAAUUGAUGGAGAUGGAUAAAAGGAUUUAUGAAGCAUUUAAUCCCGGUUCUGCAUAAAAUAACAAAAUGAGAAUCCAAUCUUCACAAAUAUUUAGGCUAAUACAAUAGAACCAAAUCCCUUUCUGUGAUUUUUAUUUGUUAGGGCUCCAGUGUGCGUCAUCAGUGUCAGACUCUUGAUAAGUCUGAAUGGUGCUUAAUGCCUGUGUGCCUGACUGCAACCAUUUGUAGGCUACAUGUGUGACAAUCUAUCCUCUUCAUCCCCAUGUGUCUCUUUCGGUUCGAUUCUGUUAUACAGACCGGUUUGCGUGUCCCCACCAGAGGGCACUGUGACCAUUCACAUGUUGAGUGGGUCCUAUGCAGCCACUUGUGCGUUGCCGUUGCGAGAGUCGCUUCAAGCUUCUGCCUUAAAAGAACGUUUUAAAUAUUAAUAACAACAGUGAACCUCUAGUGAACACUAAACGGUCAGCUUUGGUGACGUAGGAGUCUGAUUAUACAUUUUUGUGUACCAAAGUGUAGUGCGCUGAGCAGAUUUGUCUUAGCUGAGGGAAAAUUGUUGUGAGCAACAGCUGCAUGAUGAGUUUACCCUCUUUCUGUUAAAUGUACUUGAAACCCAAGCCUGUACUAAAUUAAUUUAUUUAAAUCCCUUAUAAUGUUUGAUCUUUUAUGCAGAAUUCUGUUGUUUACUUGCCAUAUUGUUGUUUUGCACAUUUUAGAUUAUUAAAAGUCUUUGGACAAUGUAAAGAUAUGGAUUGAAACAUUAGAGGACUUAAAACAGGGUCCAUACAAUCAGUGAGAUAUGUUAUAUGUGUGUGUAUGAUAUACAGUAGUUACCUGUAAUACAUCAUUUACCUGCAUGUGUGUUUGUGUGUGCGUCUAUGCUGGUGUAAAGUUCACCAGUGGAAAUCUUCUAUCAAUUAAUUAUACCCUGUAUAGAAUCGAGGUUAAAGUUAAAGGUGGGGUAAGCGAUUUCUGGUAG